AUGGCUCGCCGUCCCGCCCGCUGCUACCGCUACUGCAAGAACAAGCCGUACCCCAAGUCGCGCUUCAACCGUGGUGUUCCCGACCCCAAGAUCCGCAUCUUCGAUCUGGGCCGUAAGAAGGCCAACGUUGACGACUUCCCCACCUGUGUGCACAUGGUCUCCAACGAGUAUGAGCAGCUGUCAUCCGAGGCCCUCGAGGCCGCCCGUAUUUGCGCCAACAAGUACCUUGUGAAGAUCGCCGGUAAGGAAGGUUUCCACAUGCGUGUGCGUGUCCACCCCUUCCACGUCAUCCGUAUCAACAAGAUGCUUUCCUGCGCCGGUGCCGAUCGUCUGCAGACCGGUAUGCGUGGUGCCUUCGGUAAGCCCCAGGGUACCGUUGCCCGUGUGAACAUUGGCCAGAUCAUUCUGUCCGUCCGCACCCGUGAUGCCCACCGUGCCACCGCCAUUGAGGCUCUCCGCCGUGCCAUGUACAAGUUCCCCGGCCGCCAAAAGAUCAUUGUCUCCAAGAACUGGGGCUUCACCCCCGUCCGCCGUGAGGAGUACGUCCAGCUCCGCCAGGAGGGCAAGCUCAAGCAGGAUGGUGCCUACGUCCAGUUCCUCCGUGGCCACGGUCUGAUCGAGCAGAACAUGCGCCGCUUCCCCGACGCCUACGAGAACCUGUCUCAGGCUUAG